ACGAGGGCGGGGCGCGGAAACAAAACCCGGGUUUUUUUCAGCGCCUGUGUCUCUGUACGAUCGUAGUCACCCGGCGAGCUGAGGCAGUCAACGUGAACCACUUUGCAGGCGCUUUGUGUGCUAGGUUUUAGCUGACCAUGGCGAACAGAAAGCGACCUUUAGAAAUGACGGCUAACGACAGCUUACACACUCCGGAAAAGAAAGUAUCAGUGGCUCAAGUGAUCAGCUCAGACUACAUGCACUGGGAAGUAGAGGAAACGUGCCAGUAUCUUCGAAAUGAAGGGCUCAUCGAGUGGCAAGAUAUUUUUAGAGCGCAAAAAGUCACUGGUGUUGGUCUAAGAUACAUUAAAGAUGAUGAUUUGGAGAAGAUGGGAGUAAAAUGCCACGGCGAUCGCCUCAGGAUCCUUCACAGCUUGAGGAAACUUUGGCAAAUAGAAGCUGAACCAAAUAAGGUCUUCAACGAUCCCAUUCAUGGCCACGUGGAGUUGCAUCCACUUCUGAUCAAAAUUAUAGACACACCCCAAUUUCAGAGACUAAGACACAUCAAGCAGCUUGGAGGGACUUACUUUGUUUUUCCUGGUGCAUCUCAUAAUAGAUUUGAGCACAGCAUUGGAGUGGGAUACUUGGCUGGUCGUCUUGUUCAAGCACUGAAUGAGAAGCAGCCUGAACUCCUAAUUUCUCGCAGAGAUAUUUUGUGUGUCCAGAUUGCAGGGCUUUGCCAUGACCUUGGGCAUGGACCUUUUUCUCACAUGUUCGAUGGAAUUUUUAUUCCCAAAGCUCGUCCACAAAUAACAUGGAAGCAUGAGACUGCAUCCCUCGCCAUGUUUGACUAUCUGGUGGAUGAAAAUGGUCUGAGACCAGUCAUGGAACAACAUGGACUUGUCCUCCCUGACGAUCUGGACUUUAUCAAGGAGCAGAUUGCCGGACCUCUGCAAAAUGCUGCUGAUCAAAAUGCUGAGUGGCCCUAUAAAGGUCGAACACAAGACAAAUCCUUCCUGUAUGAAAUCGUGGCCAACAAGAGAAAUGGCAUUGAUGUGGAUAAGUGGGACUACUUUGCCAGGGACUGCUACCAUUUGGGGAUUCAAAACAAUUUUGACUAUCGCCGUUUCCUUAAGUUUGCCCGGGUGUGUGAAGUAGAUGGACAAAAGAACAUUUGUACUAGAGACAAGGAAGUGGGGAAUCUGUAUGACAUGUUUCACACCAGAAAUUGCCUCCACAGACGAGCCUACCAACACAAAGUUGGGAACAUCAUUGAAACUAUGAUCACAGAGGCAUUUUUAAAAGCAGACAAACAUAUCCAGAUUGAAGGCUCAGGGGGGCGGAUGUUCACUUUAUCCACAGCCAUAGACGACAUGGAGGCUUAUACCAAACUUACAGACCACGUGUUUGAACAAAUUCUCAACUCCUCGGCCAAAGAACUUGCUGAUGCCAGACAGAUUCUACGUAACAUUGUUUAUCGACGUCUUUACAAGUGUCUGGGUCAGACUCAACCAGAAAAACCCAUUACUGUUACUAGGGAACUAAUUCACAGUUGGGAAGAAGAUUUGGCUCAGUCUGUUCCUCAGGGCUCCCACGAUGCCGAGCUUCAACCUGAGGACUUUGUGGUCAAUGUUAUCCACAUGGAUUAUGGGAUGAAGGAGAAGAAUCCAAUAAAUAAUGUUCGGUUCUAUUGCAAAAAUGACCUUACUACAGCCAUCCAAAUACGCAAAAACCAGGUGUCGAAACUUCUCCCAGAGCGUUUUGCUGAACAGUUGAUUAGAGUUUACUACAAAAAGACUGAUGAAAAGAGUGUGGAGGCAGCUAAGAAGCACUUUGUUCAAUGGUGCAUGGACAAGAACUUCUCCAAACCCCAGGAUGGGGACAUAAUUGCACCUGAGCUCACUCCACUGAAGGCCAGCUGGUUGAACAACAGUGAAGGAGAGGAGUGUGUGGAGAGCAACACAAGCUACAGCCAUCUCAAUGGAACAGCCAAAGUUAGGCUUUUCAAGUAAAAAGACUUAAGUUACAGAUCCCAAUAUAUAUAUUAUGUAUAAAAAACGUUUUUAUAAAAGAUGGGACAUUUUACAGAUUGUUGGUCAUUUAUUUUAAUUUAUAUAUUAAGUUUUAUUUCCAGAUCAGUUUUUGGCUUUGUUUUUAUUUUAAGUUCUGUAUAUUCAAUAACGUGAUUAUGGUUUUCAAUGCAAUACUUAAAUCAGGUCAGUGUAUAGAAAACUUUGAGAGAGCUACAGUAUUAAGGCAGUUACCGACUUUUACUUUGGUGCUUUUGGACUUUGUAUUUAAGUUUUAUUUGAGGUCUUUGGGAUGGUCCAUUUAUUUAUUUCAAAAAAGUUUGUAUUUUAAACUGUAUUUCAUACUAUAUGGCCAUUUAGGAGAUGUUUUCUUGCAUCUACAUAUUUUGAAAAUACAGCAUUUAUUCUCGU